AUAUAUUUAAAAAUAGCUUGCGACAUCUAGCUAAAAACUAGAGUACUACUUUGUAAUUUACCUAAAACGUUUCAAAGAUGGCGUUGUACAAAACAUGACAUGUGUAAUCCAACUUUUUGUAGUAGAACACCAUACCAUCUGUAUUAUAAUAGAGCAUUCUUCUUUCCAAUUUUGCCGGACAGUCGACAGGUGGCUAGUUUCGGGCAAUGACAUUCCUCGUCCCCCAGACAGACAAAUCAACCCCCGCCCCCGCGCGCUCCAGUGCGCUUGAAACUUUACAGACAAAGUAUUAAACUUUUUACAAUACGUGUUUUUUUAUCAAAUAAUAAUAAAAACCUUUAAAAGACUUCGCUCAAGUGUUCAAGCGUGAAUAAAAAGUGUUUGAAACCAGAUUUCAAGUAUAAAAACAGUUUGUUUUACCGAAAAUGUCGGGUGCCAGUACUUCUACGAGUCCGCCUAUGGCUUCGAUUAGCGAUGUAAACACAUUAUUUCAAAACGCAAAGAAAUAUGAAGAAUUAAAUGUAAUUGGAACAGGAGCCUAUGGCACAGUAUACAAAGCGCGGGACCUCCACAACGGAGGCAAUAUUGUAGCCAUGAAGAAAGUGAAGGUGGCACUCACUGAGGAUGGGAUCCCUCUCUCCACACUUCGGGAGAUUGCACUACUGAGACAGCUGGAGGCUUAUAGACAUCCUAAUAUUGUCAGACUCCUGGACGUCUGCCACGGUGGUCAGUCACUGGAGCGCGACCAGCAGCUGGUCCUGUUCCUGGUGUUUGAACACGUGGACCAGGAUCUGGAGUCUUUCCUCAAGAAGUCACAGUCACCAUUGUCACAUGGAGUUAUUAGGAAUAUGUCAUACGACAUCCUAUCAGGCAUAGACUUCCUCCACUCACACCGCAUCGUCCACCGCGACCUGAAGCCACACAACCUUCUGGUGACCUGCUCCGGACGAGUCAAGCUGGCUGACUUCGGGCUCGCCAAGACUUAUGAUACAGAUAUGAAGUUAACCAGUGUGGUGGUGACCCUCUGGUACCGGCCGCCCGAGGUGCUGCUGGGCGCGCGCUACAACACGGCGGUGGACGUGUGGUCGGCCGCCUGCGUGCUGGCGCAGCUGCACACCAGGAAGCCACUGCUGCCCGGCGCCUCCGACUCCGACCAGCUGCAUUGUAUAUUCAGAUUAAUAGGCAGACCAUCCCGGUCAGAAUGGCCGGAUAAUGUCUCCAUCAUGCUGGACAGCUUCCCGGAGUACCAGCCACAGGACCUCGCUGAAAUCUUACCUAGGAUACAUUUCCAAGCGCUAGAAUUAAUUAAGGGUAUGUUAGUAUUCGACCCGGCCAAACGACUCACGGCGCUGGACUGCCUGGAGCACCCAUACUUCACUGACGAACCCUUGAUGUGAGCCUAGCGUUAGUAAAAUAUGAGAUAAACCCACCUAAAAACUACAUGUAUGUAUGAAAUUAUUGUGUUAUUCAUUUAUAGCUAAUCUGUAAGAUUGUUUUAGUUAUAGAAUCGAUUAGUUAUUUAUAAAAAAACCUAAUUUUUGCUUUAACAAAAUGAUUUAAAUUGUACCCAAUGUAAAUAGACUAAUGCCCGUUUUCAUCGAUCUAUAAGAUACCCCUAAAUAGUAAGGGUGCGUCCACAUCCGAGGAAUGUGCAGCUCGGUAGCCGCGUGCAUUUAAAAUUAUUAUUUAUACUCUUGAGCCGUGACUGCACGCGCGCAGCUCGCAAUAG